AUGUCUGUCUGUCCUGGUGUCCGUCUGUCCCAGGCUGGGUGGGCUCCAGGAGGAGCUGGAGGGCUGGAGUACAGCGACGUGCUGCCCGACUCCUUCCCCUCGGCCCCGGCGGAGACCCUCCCUCACUUUCUGUUGGAGCCGCAGGACGCCUACAUCGUGAAGAACAAGCCGGUGGAGCUCGUCUGCCGCGCCAACCCCGCCACCCAGAUCUACUUCAAGUGCAACGGGGAGUGGGUCAACCAGAACGACCACGUCACCAAGGAGAGCCUGGACGAGGUCACCGGGAUGCUGGUGCGGGAGGUGCAGAUCGAGGUCUCCCGGCAGCAGGUGGAGGAGCUCUUCGGCUUAGAAGAUUACUGGUGCCAGUGUGUGGCCUGGAGCUCCGCGGGCACCACGAAGAGCCGCAGGGCGUACGUCCGCAUAGCGUACCUACGGAAGAACUUCGACCAGGAGCCGCUGGGCAAGGAAGUCCCGCUGGAGCACGAGGUCCUGCUGCAGUGUCGCCCGCCCGAGGGGGUGCCGCAGGCCGAGGUGGAGUGGCUGAGGAAUGAGGAUGUCAUCGAUCCCACUCAGGACACCAACUUCCUGAUCACCAUCGAUCACAACCUCAUCAUCAAGCAGGCCCGCCUCUUGGACACUGCUAAUUACACCUGCAUGGCCAAGAACAUCGUGGCCAAGCGCCGGAGCACCACAGCCGCCGUCAUCGUCUACGUGAACGGUGGCUGGUCCACCUGGUCCGAGUGGUCUCCUUGCAACAACCGCUGUGGCCGGGGCUGGCAGAAGCGCACCCGGACGUGCACCAACCCCGCGCCGCUGAACGGCGGCUCCUUCUGCGAUGGGCAGCCUUUCCAGAAAAUCACCUGCACCACCCUCUGCCCAGUGGACGGCGCGUGGACGGAGUGGAGCAAGUGGUCGGCGUGCAGCACCGAGUGCACCCACUGGCGCAGCCGCGAGUGCACCGCCCCGGCCCCCCGCAACGGCGGCAAGGACUGCAGCGGCGUGCUGCUCGACUCCAAAAACUGCACCGACGGGCUCUGCCUGCAGAAUAAAAGAGUUCUAAGCGAACCCAAAAGCCACCUGCUGGAGGCCACAGGCGACGUGGCCCUCUACGCCGGGCUGGUGGUAGCCAUUUUCGUCUUCAUCGUGAUCCUCAUGGCUGUGGGGGUGGUGGUGUACCGGAGGAGAUGCCGGGAUUUCGACACGGACAUCACAGACUCAUCAGCCGCUCUCACCGGAGGCUUCCACCCUGUCAACUUCAAGACCUCCCGGCAUGACAACCCUCAGCUGCUGCACCCCUCGAUGCAGCCGGACCUGACGGCCAGCGCCGGGGUGUACCGCGGCCCCAUGUACGCCCUGCAGGACUCCUCCGACAAGAUCCCCAUGACCAACUCCCCCCUCCUCGACCCUCUCCCCAACCUCAAGAUCAAGGUGUACAACUCCUCCACCGCCGCCUCCUCGCCGGGGCUCCACGACGGGACGGACCUGCUCGGGGGUCCCGCCACUGGCACCUAUCCAGGGGACAACACCAGGGAUGGCCACUUUGCGAACAUGCGGAGCAAAGCCCUGGGCUCCCAGCAUCUCCUCAGCUUGCCCCGGGAGCAUGGCAACAGCGCCAGCGGCACGUUUGGCUACCUGGGGGGAAGGCUUACCAUACCGGGCACUGGGGUGAGCCUGCUGGUGCCCCACGGGGCCAUCCCCCAGGGGAAGUUCUACGAGAUGUACCUGGUCCUCAACAAGGCAGAGAGCACCCUCCUGCCCUCCGAAGGCACGCAGACGGUGCUGAGCCCAGCGGUGACCUGCGGACCUACCGGCUUGCUCCUCUGCCGCCCCGUCGUCCUGACCAUUCCCCACUGCGCCGAUGUCGGCUCCUCGGAUUGGAUUUACCAGCUGAAAACACAGUCCCACCAGGGAAACUGGGAGGAAGUUGUGACCCUGGAUGAGGAGACCCUCAACACUCCCUGCUACUGCCAGCUGGAAGCCAAGUCCUGUCACAUUUUGCUCGACCAGCUUGGCACCUACGUCUUCGUGGGAGAGUCCUACUCCAGGUCAGCCAUCAAGAGGCUCCAGCUGGCGAUCUUUGCCCCCACCGUUUGCACCUCCCUGGAGUACAGCCUCAAGGUCUACUGCUUGGAGGACACGCCAGAUGCUCUGAAGGAGGUGCUGGAGCUGGAGCGGACGCUGGGCGGGUACCUGCUGGAGGAGCCCAAGCCCCUGCCCUUCAAGGACAGCUACCACAACCUGCGUCUCUCCAUCCACGACAUCCCCCACGCGUUGUGGAGGAGCAAGCUGCUGGCCAAGUACCAGGAAAUCCCCUUCUAUCACAUCUGGAGCGGCAGCCAGCGAGCCCUGCACUGCACCUUCACGCUGGAGAGGUACAGCCAGGCCUCCACCGAGCUCACCUGCAAGAUCUGCGUCCGGCAGGUGGAAGGGGAAGGGCAGAUCUUCCAGCUCCACAUCACGCUGGGAGAGCAUGCCAGCUCCUUCGACACCCUCCGCUCCCACCACAGCGGUGCCGCCACCACCACCACCCAGCUGGGACCCUACGCCUUCAAAAUCCCCCUCUCCAUCCGGCAGAAGAUCUGCAACAGCCUGGAUGCUCCCAACUCCAGGGGAAACGAUUGGAGACUUCUCGCCCAGAAGCUUUCCAUGGACCGGUAUCUGAACUACUUUGCCACCAAAGCCAGCCCCACCGGGGUGCUCCUGGACUUAUGGGAAGCCGAGCACCAAGACGACGGCGAUCUCAACACCCUGGCCAGUGCCUUAGAAGAGAUGGGCAAGAGCGAGAUGCUGGUGGUCAUGGCCACGGAGGGGGACUGCUGAUGAUGCUCCCCGCGGCAAGCGGGCCGGGAGGACGAAA